AAAUCUGCGGUCGCGGUUCGGAGUUUAUAGCAAAGUAUUUUGUUGGACUAGAGUUAAUAUUGUAAUUAAGGAAUUGAACACUUUUUUUAUUGUAUAGUUUUAUUAUUAAUUUAUAGUUAAUGAUAAUUAGUUUGUUAUUCUGUGCUAAACGUUAACGGAUCAUGAGUAAGAAUCCAAAUAUCACUACUAGUACUAGUGAUAUUACACAUGACGUACUGGCGGAUGACUUCGAUGACCUUACAUUGUCAUCUCGAGUUGGUGGAACACUUUGUUUUACAGACGGAAGUGUCGCUGAUGGAUUAUCUACCCAAAAAGAAUCAGAAACUACAAAAACUAUAAAAACGUGGUCGAAAUCUUCUGGAAAUAGUAAUCCAUUAUCAUCAGACACUUGCUCUUCUCCAAAAAAAGGAUCUCAGCGAGUGACCUUUGAAAUUGUUUCAGCAAAGACUGUUCUUCAAGGAAGGCGAAAACAUGUUAGCUACACUAUUCUAAUAAAAAGGAUUCCAGGCUUAGAACGUCAACCAGGGGUUUUGGAACGUCGCUAUUCAGACUUUCUGCUACUUUUCCAAGCUCUACGCACUAGAUACCCUGCUCUUCUGACAGAAUUUCCUUUUCCUAAGAAGGCUUUAGUUGGAAAUUUCACAGCUGAAGUUAUAGCAGAAAGAAGUGUUGCAUUCCACCAUUUGCUGACUUACUCAUUCUCGGUAAAGGAGCUGCGACAAACACCAGAACUUGCUGAUUUUUUAUACAAUCGUGAAUUACGAGAAGCUCACAAACUGAUGAAAACAGGCCACUUUGAAGAUGCAUCAGUUAUUUUAGAAAAUAUCUUUUUUGUUCAAGAAAAGUUACUAGGAGAAAGUAGCUGGCCAGUAUUUUCCACACUCUGCUUCUUGGUAGCCUGUUUAAAUGCUGUUGACAAUGUCACAGAAGCUCAGAAAUAUGCUGAGAUUGCUGUUCGUCACAUGGAGUUGUACAAGAACAGUGAGAUGUCAGUGCCUCUGUUAAUUUUGUCUGUACGACUCUGGUGGGCAGUUGGUAAAGAUAAGAGAGACUUGGAAGAGAAACUGCAGGAAAUAAAGCAGGGAGGAUUGAGUAUUGAUAAACUUCCAACACUGCUAGAAUUUGUCUUAAAGCAAGAUUAUCCUCAACCUAUGUUGUUCUGAGAUGACUGUUUCUGGUUGCUUUCUGUAUGUGUUAUAUUAAUACAAGUGGAAGGUGUGACUAACAUAAACACAACUGUGGAUAUAACGUAUUUGAAAGACAAAAUAGUUUGUUGUGUGUAAUCUCUAAUACUAAUUAAAACAACUGUGGAUAUAACGUAUUUGAAAGACAAAAUAGUUUGUUGUGUGUAAUCUCUAAUACUAAUUAAAAGCAUUUGAUAAAUAAGCUUCUAAACUCUUUUGAGCACUCUCAUUACCUUUUGUUGAUUUCUUUCAUCCCAUCGAACUUUUUAUGUUAAUUUCCUUUUUUGUAUGUCAUACAGAACAAACUGUCUGGUAAAGCCAUAUCUUGAUUAUAAUAGAUAACCCCAUAGUUAUGUAAAAGCUUUAUUUCUUUCCUAUAAGACUAAAGUUGUAUUUUCAACCUAGGAACAUUCUGUGAAGCUGUUAAAUGGCAUGAAAAGUGACAAGCUCGCUGUCAGUCAUCCUCUUGUAUGUAUUAACUGCUGUAGGUUAUUGUGAACUGUGCACAUACAUUUGUAUGUUUUAUCAUUACACUUUGUAGUGUUACUCUGAACAGCAUAAAAAUUGUACAUAUAUGUUUAGCUUCAUUAUAUCUUGAUCACUUCAGUUUUUUCUGCAUGGAUGACUUCUUAAAUAUUAUUUGAAUCAAACCUGUUCUAUUGCUGCACUGAUGUUUCUAUUAAAUGCUUAAUUGUUGUUAAAAAAUUAUAUAAGAUCAAUGGUUUUUAUAACAGUUCAACCAUAAUUGAGUUGUACAGUUAUUUAUUUGAGUUUGGUAAAUAUCAUUAUCUAUUACAUGCUGUGUAUCAGAAUGCAAGUUUCUGAAACUUAUGUCAAGUUAGCGUGCAAAAUAUUUCAGUGAGUUAUUUUUCUGGAUUAGCAAUUUUGAAAUGUGAAAUAACCCUUUUCAGUUUCUAGUUAAUCUUUCAUUGUUUUUAUCUUAGUCUUAGAUGAACCUUGAUAUACUUCAUACUUUGAUGUUUACAUGAUAUUCUUUCAGAAAUUGCAAAAGUACUUGCGAUUUAAUAGUACAGUAAAAGCUUUGUCAUCUGGCAUCUGGAAAGCUCUUGUAACCAGAAAUUUAAAUAUUUUCAAAGAUAAAUGUUUAUGGUAGAAACUAGCAUUCAUUACAGUUUUAUCCAGAAUGUCUCGGAAUAUUCUAGAUGCUUCUCAAAAGUUUAUGACUGUAGUUAACUGAUGCUGCUGCUCAGUUGUACAGUUGCGGCUUUGUUUUUUCUUGCUGGCAAGCUUCAGUUAAUAUUAAUAUGCAAGUGGCUAUUUAGUGUUUCAGGUUUUUUGUCAUUUACAAAGCUGCAAAACCUGACCCUUAAACUGGCAAGCUUUCACCAGGACAUUUAAUUGGUGAGUACAUUACAAUAUAUUGUAUUACUUUAUUUAAAAUACUGUAAUUAUAAAUGUUGUUAUACAGUUUAAGAUUUAUUAUAACAAUUAUUAUUUUUUAAAACUGUUGUUAAAGAUGAGGUAGAAAUACUGUGCUUUAGAACAUUAACAAGGUAUCAACAUUUUUUCUGUAAGACCAGGCUUAAAAAUAAUUUGUUUGCUGUAACCCUAAACUGAUUUAAAAUGUUGGUAGGUAGGUAGGUAAUUUAUUUAUUUUUUUUCAAAUUGCUUGGCAGAAAAAAUUUUUGGAAAUACCACUGUUUCUGUGAUCACUUAAAACAAAACUCAUUAAACCACGAAUACAUUGAAUCGUGGAAAAUGAAUGUGACACUUUCAACGUAUAAGUAGUUAAAAGGAUGUCAGCAUGUCGCAAGUUUUUAUCAAAUUCUUUCACAACACACAAUUGCUGGUCAAUAUCAACUUUGAUUGGUGAAGUUGAAUUGACUAUUGCCUACAAUUUUAUGGUUUGUUCUUUGGUUUUAUCUCAUCCGCCAAGUAAAUAUAUGAGUACUUCCCUCAAUAUGGAUAAUUUUCCAAUUGGAAUUAAUUUGUUUUUGAUCAUAAUUCUCAAUCCUGUUUUUGUGGUGCAAAAGAGGGAAGUAAUAGAGCUAUGUAACUACAGAGUUGCACAUUUACUUCACUAAAAUUAAGCUUAACCACAAAUGUUUACUGUUUUCACAUUAUUAUUACUAAAUAAGGAAAAUGAGAAAAGGAUAAAAAAACAUCUCUUAUGUCCCUUAAAAGUGCCAAGGAUGUUGUUUGGCAGAAGCAAACAUAAAUAUAACAACUGGAAAGAAAACCUUAAUAUGAAAAAGUUUAACUCAUAAAGUAUAGACACACGAAUAUGGUGAGGAGAGGGUAGAUUGUGCUUCAUAUGUAAACAUUAAAUUUAUUAAGAACAAAUUAAAUGAACACUGAAAAUUAUAAACAAAGUGACAAAUAAAUGAACUAACAAAACAUAUGCAGAAAAUAUUUAACUUCUCACUAAUCAAAAAAUAAUGUCCAAUAUGCUAACAUAUAUGCAAAAAAGUAGUGACAGGUUAGGGCACAAACGUUUUUCAUACUCAUGCGUGGAUAGUCAUGUAAACUGACCAAAUCGAGCACCAUUUUCACUUAUUUCUCAACAAGUUCAAAGUUAAUAUCAUACACUCCUUUACACCUUGAUAUCCAUAAGGAAUACUUAAUUUUACUAAUGGAAUUUGGAAUGAUUAGGUAAGGAGGCAUUAAACAACACUGUGAUAACCAUGAUAACUGGUACAGAAAAUAUGCCCUGUGUAAAACCCUGCAGUUUUCGCGCACAAUAACAUUCAGAAAGCACAUGAGGCACUGUUUUGAAAUUCAAACAGAACCGGCAAGUACUUGAAAAACUUAGCCCAAAUUUGUUUUAAUGAUAUCCCACUGAUACUACCUGAUGGGCAAUUUUCCAAUUCAAACCACAUCUGUUGUUGGUAUUGCCCCAAGCAAUAUUCCACCUUACACCUUGAUACAAUAUUUGUUCUUUGGGCGUGUGUAUAGGUCAUGAUUGUUCAUAAAUUUCAGCUGUUUUCUUACCCAAUAGUUGUACAGUCAAUUGUUGCAAUGGAUUUUCAAUAACUGUUACCAUGUUUUCAAUAUAACGAUGGUUCAUAGAUGAAGAAUUUUGUAUGUUUUUUAAUCAGAGAAAUAUUUCACUUUUAAACCCAAAUUGUAUCAAAGAAAGUAUGAUCCAACUGCAAAGUAGUUUUGAAGCACUGAAUUAUGAGGGACACUAUAAAAAUAUUCAAGUCCAAACAAUGGCGGAUCCAAUUUGGUAUGCAAUUUGGGUCCUGAGCAAAGUUCUGAUAGAUAUAUUUUGGGAACAUAUUAUGCAUUUACCACAUAAAGCACAGCUUUACCCAUUGUAUAUUGAAGUUGUUUUAUGUGAGACAGAACUUAUGUAACUAAAUCAUUGAAACAAUUCAAAUUAAAUAUUUUCACAAAACACGUAAUACAAACAGGAUAUUACUUCAUUGUUUGUAUGAUAAAAUGUAUAUAAGUAGCAGUUAUUCACCAUAUUAGUCUGCUAAUAUAUUUGUUAAAGCCAGUUGUCUUGGAUUUGAAUGUGCAAAAAUCUCUAUGAAUUUUUUCUGUAUUUAUUUUAUAUCCAUAAUGGAUAUGUAACAGUGAUAACCCAUUCACGAGGUCCUCGACCAUUAGACUUCUCUUAUAAGUUUUAAGUCUUCUCAUAGCACUUGUGCUGCUCUCACAUUAACAGGAAGGCAUGCCGAAUGUGCACAAUAAUUUCAGCCUAGUGUGAAUAUUUGGAAAAAAUGUCUUAUCCACCUUUUUCAGUGAUGAUCUAGCAUCUGCUGAUGUGUCUUGAGGUUAGAAUUUCUUCAGUGACAGACCCAGUAGUGCAUUUCUGCUGUAAUGUUUUAGGAACUAGGUAAGUCAUCUUUGUAUUUGGUUGCAAACUGUGUAACUUUAUGUAGAACCUGCUUUUCUGUAGCAUGUUGGAUUACAAGUGGGAUUAAGUGAAAAGUAUUAGCGAUGACAUCCUGUAGUUUUUGAAAGUAGUUUUUCAACACAACAAGAAGCUAGUUAAGCAAAGGUAUAGUAAUAUUGAUUUUAUAGUAUUUUUCACGAGUGACAGCUGGUGCAUUUGAAUGAUGAACUUGUCGUCCUACUACUCGAGGUGAAGCUGGCUGAAUUCUGACUGAAUCUACUUUCCUGAUUAUUUUCUUGUAUAGAUUAUGAUGGAAAGUAUCUAUGUUUGUUCUGUUGUCCUCUAAUUUAGUAAUUACCUCUUUCACUUGGUUGACUGCUUUAAUAACAUUUAAUGUCCGAGACUGAAGGCUCAAGAUGAAUGGUUGAAUGUAUGCAAGAACUUCCCAUAUUGUCAUGAGUGCUGCAAUAAACUGGAAUCGAGUCGCAGCUGCAAGAUCCACAUUGCAUCUGUGACACUUUGUCUGUUCCAUUCCUGUGGAUGAGUAGAGAUGUCUUGCAAUAAGCUUACUAUUGCCUCAAGUAAAUGUAAACAUGAACAGAAUAUGUUGUGCCAUGUCACCCAUCUUGUGUGACAAAGUUCUUUCAGCUGUUUCAUCUUAAUUGCAUGUCUGUUGUACACUUGAUCAAUACAGUCUUCUGUAUCAACAUUCAGUUGAUGUUUAAGAGAAUUUAACAACUUUGUCCAUAGUAUCUAUAACAUUAUGCACAUCGAGGAUUCUCAAUGCUUUCACUAAUGAAAGAUUAAGUUUCUGACUUGGACAGUGUGUGAAAACAGCUUUAUGGUAUUCUUGUUGAAUUCGAGUCACUGUUUUGUGCUGAAGGCCACACGUAUUUCCUGCCCUAUCAUAUGUUUGACCAUGAAAUUGUGCCAAUGGAAGUUGCCAGUUGUUUGAUAUCUUUUGAAUUAUGGUGGUAGCUAAUGCUUCACCAGUUGUAGAUAGACAUAAAACAAACUCCACAAAUUCUCAUCUAAUGUCAUCAUUUUUAUCACAGAAUCUCAACAUCAGUCUAAGUUGCUCAUGGUCAGAACUAUUUGUAGCUUCCUCUGCUGAUAUUGAAUAAAAAUUGGCAUUUCUUGCUUUUGACAAUAUUUCAUCGCAAAUGUAAUUUCCAUAAAUUGAAUUAAAUGGUACAUAGCAUGUCUGUUAGCAGUAGCAAAAUAGUUUUUCAAUACAUCAUCUUCUGCAUAUAUUCAGAAUUGGAGCAAUGCUUGAAAAUUACCAGGAUUAUGAGUAGCAUCCUCCAAGUCUUUUUUUAUCAUCGUGAUGUCCAUGUAAUACUAAGUUCUGCUAACCACAGAAUAUAACAGUUUGGAUUAUUGAUCUUAAUUUCUCCCUGUUAGCCUGAACCCUUUGAUGAAUUAUUUGGUUAACUUGUGUGUUUACAAGAUGCUGUGCUCUGGUCAUCACAUUUUGGAAUGCAAUUCCAGCUGCACUUCCAUGUACAUGGUACUGAUUAUUUUACCAAGUACAGUAGACACUUUGUGAUAGUUAUCCUUACAUGGCAUUUUAACAAGGAUACCAGCAAAUUCAUGGCAUCUGAAGAAGAUGCAGUAUAUACAAAAACCACCUUUCUUUCUUGCCAAAUAGACAAGUUCCGGGUAUUUUGACAGUAUAUGAUUUUUGAAAUGUACAAUUUCAUCCAUGUUACCAUUCAACUGGAAGCUUAGAACUGCCAUUUGGUGUCACGUGGUUUAUUAAAAUCUGAUACUUCUCGUCACCUGUUACUAAAGUGAGGUCCCCUGCCAGAGUCAAAAAUGUUCCAAUAUCAAGAGGAAUUGAUUUUUCUCCAGUUUUACCAGUGGGCAUUGCUGUAUGUCAACAUUUGUUUGUGUUGCGAGCUUAUUUGGAUUUCCAUCAUCAUUGUCAUUAUUGUUCAGAUUUGUCUGAUUGUGACCACAAUUAUGAUAAUAGCAUUGUUCUGUUACAGUUUCAGGAGUGGCCCUGUCAAUAGCAAGGCAAGUACACCUGAUAUGGUUUGUAUUGAUAAUAUAGCUUAGAUCUAUGAGAUGCUAAGCUGAAAUGUAUUAAUAGAUUAAGUAAUACAACCAGAAAAUACUUAGCAUCUAAUUAUGUGAUUUUUAUAUACAUAUUAAAUAUCUAAAAGUGAGCAAUUCAAUAAAAAUACUUACACAUUAUUUAUAU